AUGACUAUUCUCGAGCAGAUCAAGCAAGCCUUCGCAGACGGUCCUCGAAGCCAUGUCCGAUACAUUGGCGCCCGAUCGACCUGCACAUCGCUCGACACGACGCCAGCAGAGCACAGCAGUGGUUCUCGGCUGUCUUCGGUCGUCAAUCUCUGGCGAACAGUCCGCCGUUUCGUCCGCGAGUUCCGUCAGCCCAUUCGCAGACGCGCGCUGCUCAUCGGAAUCGCAUACAAGGAAAGGGGGGACUGGGCGCUCAAGGGGACACACGGAGACGUUGACCGCGUUCAGAAGCUACUCGUCGGACACUACAGGUUUCGGCCGGAAGAUAUCACUGUUAUGAAGGAUUCUAAGGAUGUGGAGGAUCACCUAUGGCCUACGGAGCAGAACAUUCGCCGAGAGCUCGCCAACUUUACUGUCAAUUGCGGUCCGCGCGACCGCUUCUUCUUCCUAUACGCAGGCCAUGCUGAACAGAAGAACGAACGUAUCAAAGGGUCCGAAGAGGAUGGGAAGGACGAGUAUAUCAUACCUUAUGAUGCCCCGGACAUGAAUGGGACCGUAUGCAUCGAAGACAACGACCUAUUUCGAUACCUCGUCAAGCCGCUCAAGCCUUACUGCAAGCUAGUGGUAUGA